GUCUGGUCCUGGCGAUCCCGGCAUACAAAUGCCGGCUCAGUCAUUCGGUGAAAGACGGCGCGAACGGACGCCUUUUUGCCGAACACCGGGCCACACCGGAAACGGUUCAGGAGUAACACCGCGCGUGUCUCAGCAGCAUCCCUCUGGGCUGGGUUCGUUCGUGUGCGGUUGUUGACGCGUGCGUGUGUGAGAAGGGUCUUUGCGGUAGCUUUAAAACGUGGAGCAGAAAACAUUGCGGCUCGGGGUUUUUGUUUUGGUGAAAGCAAAAAAGCAUUUAACCGACCUAUAAACGAAACUCGGCCGCUGAUGUUCUUUGGUGUGAGUGUGUGUUUGUGUGGUUUUGAAGAUUGAAGUGUGACAAAAAAACGAAGAAAAAACAAGUUGACCCUUCACUUCCGGUCCUGCCGGUGAUCACCGCCGGAGGGUGAAGUCAUUACCGGCUCCACUGUGUGAAGUGUGAAAUUUAAUUACUUUGCCUUUUGGCAAGUAAGCAACAACUGGGUACUGUCUCCUGUUUUUUUGUUGUCAACUCCCCCUUCGUCUGACCCAGCAGUGGACAAACCGAAACAAACCGUAAUGAUCUCUAAAGCAGCAGCAAAUACACAGCUCGCAUAAAUGAGAACAUUCGAUGCGACAGUUGCAUGCUAGCCUUAACUGCGGCGCGUUCUAAGCAACAGUUGAAUAUUUAUAAAGCCAACCUUCGAGCGUCUGGCAAAGCAAAACAUUUGCCACCCACCCUGCACGUCCAUGUAAAACGAUGGGUACCGGCGAAUGGAAAAAUCCACCGGUGUGCCGGAAAGCGUAAAAGUAUACCCCCGAACCCAAACGGGUAGUAUGUUUAAUGUCGGCGGAAUUCCAGCGCUCUGCGUAGUUUUGAGUGCGUUUGUUUUAACUUCCACGGCCAACAUCACCAACACCAACGUCACCCUAUUUCGGGGCACAUUUUUAAAGGUCAUUUCGUAGGCCGUCUCUCGGAGGAAAUUUUAGUCUGCCAAGCAGCAGUUUGUGUGAGAGAGGAAAAAAGGACUACAUAACCGCACGGAAAACUAACCCAUUGAUGGUGCUUUUAAGUAAACAGCUUUAGAUCGAGUGUGGGUGAAAGUGUUUUUGUGUGCUUUUAUAUUGUGUGAGGAAGUUGAAAUUGCAAAAGGUAAAUCGAACACGGUCAGUGUGUGUGUGUGUGUGUGUACCUUGGCUGUACGGAGGCGUACGGGAAACAAUACAAAAUGGCCAUCCUGCAUUCUUGCUGCCUUUGGCGAAGCGUUCGCCGGGGAAGCUUUGCAAGCGUCAUCUACACACUGAUCUACUUCAGCAUAUCCUGCAUCACGAUGUCACUGUUUCUGCACGAGGAGCGGCGCUAUCUGCGGGGCGAGGUGGACAAACCGAUCGGCGAAAGCUUCCUAGAGCGGGACACCAUCUCGGGCGUCACGGUCAAAUUCAAUGUACUGCUGCUCAUCUUUGCCACCUUGGGCGUCCUGUCGUCCGUGCUCGUUCUAAUCGGAUUAAAAAUGAACAACCGUGGCCUACUGUUGCCAUGGAUCGGGGUCAUGAUAGCGGAUCUGCUGGUCGAGUGUGCACAUUUUGUCUAUCUCAUCGCCAUAGAAACGCUUAAAUUUGAGCCAUUGACGGCGAUGCUGUUUACCAUUGAUUUUUUCAUCAUGUGUCUUAAUAUUUACUGUUUGCUGUGCGUGAUAUCGCAGUACCAGGAAUAUAAAGCUGGCCGCGGACAGGCCGAUGACGAUUCGUACACUUGCCCCACCAACAUACAGUACAGUCCGCCGGCGCCCACCUGUCUACCGCAGGCCAAAACGACAACGCUCAGCCCCGUCAUCUGCCCGCACUCGAACUGCACCCUCAUCCCGGAGGAGACGCAGAUCAAUGGAACGUUCGUGGGAAGUGUAGCAUCGUUCCCGCUAAGGCCGCCGCCGACGGUCCGUCCGCCGAGAGGGUCGCUGCUGAAGAAGCACGUCAAGUUUUCGGCCAGCGAUAAGCCGAAGGGCUGCUGCACGGGCAUCAUCCAUCCGGAGAACAUCAUCAAAGACGCCACCAAACCGAACGGCCACAUGAUGGUGGCGAUCGAGACGCUGCCCGAGUACAGCGAGGAUAAGCUUUCCUGGCACGAGCAAAAGCUGUCCAACGUCAAUCAACUGUAUCCGAGCGUAAAAGGCUCGACCGCGCAGCACCAUCAGCAGCAGCCCGAACACUAACCACUCUCUCUCUCCCAUCGGUGAACAACCCACACCAUGUCAAACUGUGGCCCUAAUCGAAUUCCUUUAAGAGUAAGCACUCCCUCCCCGGAAUUCGAUCGUACGUACGGAUGUACCGCAAUGCACACGGCGGAAGCACCCAUAAUAACAGGGCACAGGGCGCUGCUAUAACGAGCAACGAGCGGAACAGAAGAAAGAAAACAAGCCAAAACGAUCACUGGAAUGCGUAAAACGGCCACAGUCCAAUCUAGUUUUUCGAGCGCUUCCUACAGCUAUCAUUUCGCAGUUUUACGACCCCCACCGUUGCUCGUGUUGUUCGAUAGAGUUUCGAGCGCAAGGGCAUAGUUUUUAUUUUAUUUUGGUUUUUGCCGGUCAAACAGAUACCGAGCAGUAGUGAUACUUUUCGUUUAAUGUCCUUCCUCAUAGCAAAGCAAAAAAAGAGGCGAUUGCCUAAUGUCAAUGACCGUACCAAUGACGACGGCGCCAUCAACCCCGAGGGGGUAGAGCAUAUUCAUUAACACAGAGAAGGACUCUUGUUUUUUGUGGAAAUUCAUUUGAAAACAAAUUUGCAAUGACCACACGCCUAACAUAACACGCCAUAACCAUUCCAAUUGGAUGUUGCUGGAAAUGGAAAAGAAAUGAACAGGAAGGAACGAAGGUAGAGAAAAAAGCACCAAAUAGUCUUUACAAUUUUGGGCCAUUAACUGGAAAGCAAAACACGCCACAGUGAUCAGCCGCUCUUCAGGCUGUGGUUUUGUCGGCUGGCUGGAGACUUUCCAAAAGGAUGGCCAUUUUGAAAGCAUGGACCGGCGCCGGUAAAUCAUUCGAAGUGGAAGGUAAAUCAAUGCGAACGAGUGUCACUUGAAGGUAGCCAUUCUAAUGUCCUUCCCUUAUCCUGCAAGAUGAGCCCCCUCCGGUUGUUUGUUAGUAUUAUUAUCGGGCAAGCAUUUCUAAAUCAUUAUCCAGCAUGUGAUAAAUGAGUGACGCACAAUGAUCGUUUCUGUGCUUUACCUUUUUUUUAGCCCCCUCCGAAUGAGCUCGAAACACCGUAUCAGUAUUGCAGAUCGAGGCACGAUUUCACCGCACCACUUAAUCAGGCACGGUGUGCUGCUCACCUGCUCAUCUGCUAACACAGCUCCCACAGCUUGUUCGUUCGUUAGCGCAAUGACUGGUUGAAUCAGCGAAAAUAAUAAAAAAAAACACUUUUAAAUGGUCGCGGGUUUUUGUCUUAUGCCCGCCUUUUGCCACCCAAACCCUCGGUUCGGCGAGACAUCUCUCAAACUCAACGCAUCAUUAUAGAGCGCGGCUGUCUGGGACCCUUGUGCCGUCACCUGUCGCCUUUCAACCGGCGGACCAACAAAAGCGAAAACCGCAGUGACGGAUGGAUGGAAGCAAAAUUUGCCACCCUCAGCCUUUUGUGUCGUUUCAUCCCAUUGACUCGCUAUCCGCUCCUCCACAGACGCGUGGUUGCUGAGCUCUUCCUUGCGCCUCGCAACGCGCCUGAAUGUAUGCAAAAUGAGCGCAAAUUAUUUCUCAAGUGGCUGCGGGCUGAGCGUACAAAAGAGGGGCGAGCUUUAGACUGUCACAAAAAAGGAACACACGCUGUCCAUGUAACCUCCUCUCCUUUUCCUCCUUUUUUUAUUCUUUCUCAUCCCCCUCCCAGGUCGUUAAUGUUGCCAAUGUACUCCCGAAGCUGAUCGCAGGAAAUGCCGCCAGUCAGGAUAAAUGACACUUCCUUGGUGGGACAACGGUCACCGCCCACCGCCUAACCCCACCCAAUUCCCAAACCCCAAGGGGUCCAGUGGGCGAAGCAGCAAUUAAUUAGUGCACGGAAAAUCUCGUUGAUGUUUUUGUUUUCCCCUUGUGCGAGACAUUGCCUUUGCCGCUCGAGUCCCCCUACCCGCAUGAAGAGGGCCCGGCCAUUUUAAACUGCUUGCGCUCGGGGCUCAAUGUCAAACUUGAGGCGGCGUUCGGGGUCAAAACGGGGGAAGGGGUGUCGAUGGAUCGAAAUACCAUUUCCUUCCCAUUUCGCAUUUCGGGCAAAGCAAGGGAAGAAGUGUGCCUUGGGCCGGCCCCGUUGCUCGCGAGCGGGCGUGCUCGAUCGAGGUUAAUUGUAAUCGCGCAAUCAGCGUAAGAUAUGAACAAGGUAGAAAUGCAAUUAUUUUAUAAUGAAUCAAUGCACCGCACUUGCCGCUUUUUGUGCUGUCGCAUGCUCUUUUCUUGCCUGUGCGGUUGUUGGAGCUUGCUCGCGGUGUUGCUUCCUUUUGAGUGGGGUGUUGUCGUGUUUUUUGUUUGUUUGUCGAGUUUCAAGCGUUCGGUUCAAUAGCGCUUCUUAGCAAAAUUGAGUGUUGCUCGUGGUAAUGUAAAAGUGGUAUAUGUGGGUUUAAAAUGAACACUGCGCACACUUACAAUUAUAAUUAGGACACGAUUUUGCGUGGGGGAAAGAGCGAAACAUUGAACGAGAGGAAAGUGAUCUCGACGAACGAUCGUGAGUAAUAGCAUGAAAUAAUCAUAUUUAUUGCUCUUUCGUAGAAGAAAUCAAUCACGUGUCUUGAGGGCUACGGAUUUCUGUCCCAUGAUCGACUCGUGAACGAACCAAACACCGUGCAUAUAUACACGAUAGCGUUAAGCAAGAAGACAGACCACAUAAAACAUGAACUGUGCUGAUGACACAGCGCACGCUUGGGCUUUACUCUCGGAUGCAACGUCAGUGGGCAACGCAAAGCAAGCAGAUGCGAGAAAAUGACUGCUUGCCAAAUCCAAAACCGUCACCAUGAACUAAAUUACAGGAAACCGGUAGCGACUGUGUGUGUGUGUGUUUUUUUAGUUUUGUGCGUUUCAUUUUAUACCAAAGUAAGGGGGAGGGAAUGUAUGUGUAACAGUGGAGAGUAGCAGACGGUAGACGGAAUGAACACAGCUGAGAGCUGUGUGGCAAAACUGUGUGAUAUUUAAGAGUAUUUACAGAUAAAAGGGAAAGAAGGAAACCAAUUGAUUGUAAGGGGUACGACGGGCGGAAGGGUGUAGCUGAAGAAAGGAAGUGUAAAAAUGUGAGGUGCGUGAAGAAAUAUAUUUGUAUCCGUACCGAUUCACAGAGCUAGCCAUUGAAUCGGGUGUGUCUUA